GCUUCCGCAGUGCGCGCCUUUGUGUCGGAGCGCGCGGCCCGUCCUGCAGCUCGGGGACGCCGGGACCGUUUCCUUCCUGGAGUUUGGGGGCUUCGGUUCCCACUGUGCGGCCCGAGCCACCGUGCGGCGGGAGAGCGGACGGAGCCGCUGGCGUUGGGGACGCCGGACAUGGACUUAGUAUCAUUUGAAGACGUAGCUGUGGACUUCACCUGGAAAGAGUGGCAGGACCUGGAUGUUGAUCAGCAAAGCCUCUACAAGGAUGUGAUGCUGGAGAACUACCACAGCCUGGUGUUCUUGGGGAUUUGUAGGACCAAACCAGAUUUGAUCUUCAAGUUGGAACAUGGAUUUCCACCAUGGAGGGUAGCAGAAAAAUCAAUUAAGUAUCUUUCAGCUGAAUUAAAAAGUCAACAAUGCCAGAUUGCUGAGAGGUCAUAUGAAUUUAAUGAAUGUGUGAAAGAUUUCUACAACAUGUCAAAACUCACUAUUCAUCAGAGACCUCAUGCAAACAAGAAGCCACAUACAUGUAAUGAAUGUGGGAAAUCUUUCUUUGCCAAGUCAGACCUUAAUGAACAUCAGAGAACCCACACCGGUCACAAUUCAUAUGUUUGUAAUGAAUGUGGAAAAUCUUUCCCUUUCAUAUCAGAUCUUAGGAAACAUCAAAGAAUUCAUACAGGGGAGAAGCCAUAUGUAUGUAAUGAAUGUGGGAAGUCUUUCACCUGCAUAUCAAAGCUCACUAUUCAUCAGAGAACUCAUACAGGUGAGAGGCCAUAUGAAUGUAAUAAAUGUGGGAAAGCUUUCAUCUCUAUGUCAGAACUCACUAGGCACCAAAGAAUUCAUACAGGUGAAAAGCCAUAUGAAUGUAAUGAAUGUGCGAAAGCUUUUAUUGCCAAGUCAGUGCUCACUAUGCAUCAGAGAAUUCAUACAGGUGAGAGACCAUAUGAAUGUAAUGAAUGUGGGAAAGCUUUGAGCUCUAAGCAACAGCUCACUCUGCACCAGAGAACUCACACAGGUGAAAGGCCAUAUGAAUGUAAUGAAUGUGGGAAAGCUUUCAUCUCUAAGCAGCAGCUCACUCGGCACCAGAAAACUCAUACAGGUGAGAGGCCAUAUGAAUGUAAUGAAUGUGGGAAAGCUUUCAUCUCUAAGCAACAGCUCACUAGGCACCGAAGAAUUCAUACAGGUGAGAAGCCAUAUGAAUGUAAUGAAUGUGAGAAAGCUUUCAUCUCCAAGUCGCUGCUCAGUAUGCAUCAAAGAACUCAUACAGGCGAGAGGCCAUAUGAAUGUAAUGAAUGUGGAAAAGCUUUCAUCUCUAAGCAACAGCUCACUAUGCACCAGAGAACUCAUACAGGUGAGAGGCCAUAUAAAUGUGAUGAAUGUGGGAAAACAUUCAUCUCUAAACAACCGCUUACUAGGCACCAGAAAACUCAUACCGGUGAGAGACCAUAUGAAUGUAAUGAAUGUGGGAAAGCUUUCAUCUCUAAGCAACAGCUCACCAUGCACCAGAGAAAUCAUACAGGUGAGAGGCCAUAUGAAUGUAAUGAAUGUGGGAAAACUUUCAUCUGUAUGUCACAUCUCACUAUGCACCAGAGAACUCAUACUGGUAAGAGGCCAUAUGAAUGUAAUGAAUGUGGGAAAGGUUUUAUCUCCACAUCAAAACUCACUUUACACCAGAGAACUCAUACAGGGGAGAAGCCUUAUGGAUGUAAUGAAUGUGGGAAAGCUUUCAUCUCCACAUCAAACCUCACUGUUCACCAGAAAAUUCAUACAAAUGAUAGGCCAUAUGAAUGUAACGAAUGUGGGAAAGCUUUCAUCUCUAAGCAACGUCUUGGCAUGCACCAGAGAAGUCAUUCAGGUGAGAGGCCAUAUGAAUGUAACAAAUGUGGGAAAGCUUUCAUCUCUAAGCAACAGGUCACUAUGCACCUGAGAGCUCAUACAGGUGAGAAACCAUAUGAAUGUAGUGAAUGUGGGAAAUAUUUCAUCUCUAAGCCACAGCUCACUUUGCACCAGAGAAAUCAUACGGGAGAGUGGCCAUAAACAUGUAAUGAAUGUGGGAACACCUUCAUCUCCAAAUCAAAACUAACUGAGCACCAGAGAACUCAUACAGGGGAGAAGCCUUAUGAAUGUGGAAAACAUUUUCUUGCCAAAUCAAGUCUUAGUAGACAUCAGAGAAGACAUACAGGAGAGAAGCCAUAUAAAUGUAAUGAAUAUGGGAAAGCUUUCAUCUGUAUAUCAAAGCUCACUAUUCAUCACAGAACUCAUACAGGUGAGAAGCCAUACAAAUGUAAUGAAUGUGAAAAAGCUUUCAUCUGUAUGUCAAAACUCACUAGGCACCAAAGAACUCAUACAAGUGAGAAGACAUAUGAAUGUGGGAAAGCUUUCAUCUCCAAGUCACUGCUCACUAUGCAUCAGGGCACUCAUACAGGUGAGAGGCCAUAUGAAUGUAAUGAGUGUGGGAAAGCUUUCAUCUAUAAGCAACAGCUCACUGUACACCAGAGAACUCAUACAGGUGAGAGGCCAUAUGAAUGUAAUGAAUGUGAGAAAGCUUUCAUCUCUAAGCAACAGCUCACUAUACACCAGAGAACUCAUACAGGAGAGAGGCCAUAUGAAUGCAAUGAAUGUGGGAAAGCUUUCAUCUCAAAAUCAAAUCUCACUACGCACCAGAGAGCUCAUACUGGUCAGAGGUCAUAUUAAUGUAAUGAAUGUGAAAAAGCUUUCAUCUGUAAAUCAGAACUCACUCUGCACCAGAGAAUUCAUAUGAGCCAAAUGAAUCCAGUGAAUGUAGGAAACCUUUCAUCUCUACAUCAAAAACCACUGUACACCUCAGAACUCAUACAAGCAAGAAGCUUUAUGAAUGUAAUGAAUGUGGGAAACCUUUCAUCUCUACAUCAAACUUUGCUGUGCACCAGAGAUCUCAUUCACGUGAGAGGCUAUGUGAAUGUAAUGAAUGUCAGAAAACAUCUCCACAUCAAAACUCUGCCCCAGAGAACUCAUACAGGGGAGAAGCCUUAUGAAUAUAGAAAGCUUGGUCUUGCCAAGUCAAGUCUUAUCCUAGACAGCAGAGAAGUCAUACAUGGGAGAAGCUAUAUAAAUGUCAUGAGUGUGGGAAAGCUUACAUCUCUGACGCACAGCUCACUAUGUACCUGAAAACACAUACAGGUAGCUGGUUUCUAGUAUUCAGAAUAUGAAACAGACACAGGAGAGUGCGGAGAACCCCAGAGCAAGGUUGUGGUACAUGCUACAGGUAAGCCAUGCAGGCUUGUGGGGGGGGGGGAUUUAAGCUAACUUUUCCCUCAAAAUUGAUGUGCACUUUAAGAUUGAAGGGAGAUUAACCAAGGAUUUUUGAUGUCAGGAGGACUCAACCAAAAAAACUGGGUAUCAUGACAGCCUCAAAUGAGCCUCGUAGGAGAUCCAAGCUAUAGGGCAGUGUGUAGGAAUGGGAUCCCGUCUGUCUGAGUCUCAUAUCCUCAGGACCACAGGGCCUAGAUGAGGAUUAUGCUUCACCUAUAAUAGAGGCUCACUUUAUGUCCAGCCAGGGAGGAAGUACACAGUAGCAUCUAUAUACAGUGCUCUCUUAAGCCAACAUUUGCCUCUCUGACCCAUGGAAAGGGUCCUAAACCAUAGUGGAGAUGAUAGUGAAUGGCUUAGCUGUUCUGUAUUAAGCAGUACACUGGACUGGUGGUUCUCUUACUGCUACUUAAGAAGCAACGUUGCUAGGGCUGAGGCCUCAUGGACAUGAAUCUAGAGAAAGCUUUGCUUGCUAUGGUAUGUGGCCCAGAAUAGAAGAGUUUCUGUAUUGAUUGACUUCCAGAAAUGGGACUAAAUGAGACAAGAGACUGUGGUCAGCACUGUGGUGCUCUGGCUUGGGAGUCCAAGUGCUCAAGCCCGGAUCCCCACAGAAUUGUCUGUGGGAUUCAUGUGCUGCUUUGUAGAGAUGCUCAGAUGUCAACUUGGGCAUCAGAGCUUUAUGGCAGCUUAAACCCAUUGAGAAGCUGAAAUACCAACUGUGCUGCUGGUGGCUGUGUAGAAAGUGUCUGGUCAGAUGGGAAAAGCUCCCACUGGACCUACCAAAGGCCCCAUCAGGGAAUAGUGAAAGGAUAGUGGUGUCUUUGAGGGAUCCCAAAGUUAGACAGUACAUCUAAAACUAGCCAUGUGCUGAUUGAGGGGCUAGGACUGAGAGCAGUGGUAUCAGUAAGCAAGGGGUGUGCCAGGGAGAGGGGCACUAGGAUGUGAGGAGAAAGGGAUCUGAGAAGAGGGGAUGGAAAUUAACAUAGAUGGGGUCAGAUACUCGAUCUUGGAGGUGCUCAUGGGGACAGCAAACUGGCACAUGCUGCACUAUGGCUGACUGAGGGAUAGAUAUAAUAUGAGGUAGAAUCUAUAAGCUGUCAGUGUGGUACUUGGAGAUACAUAAAAUGAUUUUAAAGACACAAAAUACAGUGUAAGAUUGUAUACUGAUUAAAUGUAAUUUCUCAUUGUAGAAUUAAAAGAAAGUUUAUUU